CAAGGUGCCGACCGUGGUACUCAAUAUAGAUCUGCGAUUUUCUACACAACUGAUAGUCAGAAAGAUAUUGCAAUAGAUUCUAAAGUUAAUGUAGCUACUUCGCUUUGGAAUGAUCCUAUUGUGACAGAAAUUGUGGCUGCUGAAGUUUUUUAUAAAGCAGAAGAUUAUCAUCAAAAUUAUUUUGAGACUAAUCCAGAGCAAUCAUAUUGUGCGAUUAAUAAUAUGGAAACCAAAUAUAAUCCACUGACGCCAGAAGAAGAAUAUGUCAUCGUAAAUAAAGGUACAGAAAGACCUUUUACUGGAGAAUAUGAUAAGUUUUUUGCACCCGGCACCUUCAUUUGUAGGAGAUGCAAUCACGAAUUAUAUCAUGCAUCAUCAAAAUUUGACUCUGGAUGCGGAUGGCCCGCGUUUGAUGAUGAAAUACCUGGUGCUGUAAGAAGAAUCACUGACAAAGAUGGACGUCGUACAGAAAUCUUAUGUAAUAAUUGUGGAGGACACCUUGGUCACGUAUUUGUAGGUGAAAGGUUAACUGCUAAAAAUACCAGACAUUGUGUUAAUUCACUUUCGAUCAGAUUUGUUCCUAAAAAUGAUAAUGCG